AUGGCCACUAUCGGAGACGCCCCCGUUGUCAUGGCCGCCGACUCUGCCUCUUCUACGCAACCAAUGAUGAACGGCGCAUCAGGCGCAACAUCAGGCAGUAACGGCGUUUCUGGAGAGCGCAAAUUCGAAUUGCUUCAACAAUGGCAUUCUGAGCCGAGAAAGAUACGCAUUGUACACGUGGGAGCUGGUGCAACCGGGUUGUGUGCAGCCUACAAGAUGGAGAGGCAGUUAGAGAACUAUGAGUUGGUCUGCUACGAGAAGAAUGAUGAAAUCGGUGGAACCUGGCUGGAAAAUCGCUAUCCUGGCUGCGCAUGCGACGUCCCUGCACAUAUAUACACAUACACGUUCGAGCCAAAAUGGGAUUGGAAGUCCUACUACGCGUACUCGCCGGAGAUCCAUGACUAUUUCAUGAAUUUUUGCAACAAGUACAACUUGAGAAAGUACGUCAAAUUGCAGCACAAGGUUGUGGCUGCAGUCUGGCACGACGAGCGAGGCCAAUGGGAGGUCACCGUCGAGCAUAACGGCAGCACAUUUACCGACUGGUGCGAGGUUCUUGUCAAUGCUUCUGGCCUCCUCAACAAAUGGCGGUGGCCGAACAUCUCGGGGCUGGCGACUUUUAAGGGCAAUUUGUUGCACUCUGCAUGCUGGGACCAAUCUGUUGACUAUACGGACAAGAAAGUGGCUGUGCUGGGAACAGGAUCUUCAGCCAUCCAGAUCUUGCCACAGGUCCAGAAAACAGCUUCACACGUGAAAUCAUUCAUGAGGGGCACGACAUGGAUCUCGCCUCCUAUGCCACGGGUUCCUGUUGACGUUCCCAACGCGGAGAAUGCAGGAGAUGAGCACUUGGACCCAGAUGUUGCGCAGUAUUGGUACAAACCGCAAGAGAUGGAAAGGUUUCAUGACGACCCCGAGUACCUGCUUCAUUACCGCAAGCAGAUAGAAUUUGCCAUCAACCGGGGCUUCGCGCUUUUCUACAAGGAUAGCGAAGCCUCCAAGAUGGCCGAAAUGUACAUGCAAUCCCAAAUGAAGCGGCGCCUCAAAGACGACCCCGUUCUCACCAAGAAGAUGAUCCCGACCUGGCCUGUUGGGUGCCGACGUUUGACACCAGGCGAUGGGUAUCUCGAAAGUCUCACGCAGCCGAAUGUGGAGUGUGUCUUCCAAGAUAUCAUCAGCAUCGACGAAAACGGCCUCCGUACUGAAGACGGAGUGCACCAUGAGGUUGAUAUUAUUGUCUGCGCCACCGGCUUCGACAUGGCGUGGACACCGCAUUUCAAGCUUCUGGGACAAGGUGGACGAGAUAUCCGCGAUGCGUGGUCACCGCUCCCGCAGUGUUACUUGGGGAUCGGUGCGCCUGGUUUCCCCAACUACUUUGUUAUGAACGGCCCCAGAGGCAACUUGGGCAACGGCACUGUUCUUCCGUGUCUUGAGACCGAGCUCGAAUACGUCAUUGCUGCUGUAAAGAAGAUGCAGACGGAUCGCAUCAAGAGCCUGGAUGUUCGUGCUGAUGUUACAGAUCAGCUCAACGAAUAUAUUGAUGCGUGGCACGAAACUAGCGUUUUCAGCGCUGACUGCAAGAGCUGGUACAAGAACAACACCAAAGACGGCAAGGUCAUGUGCUGGGGUGGCUCCUCAAUUCACUUCCUCAAGACUCUCAAAACACCGCGGUGGGAGCAUUGGAAUAUCCAAUAUAUGGACGGCAACCCUUGGGCUUUCCUCGGAAAUGGAAGAAUCAAAGCCGAGGUACAAGAUGACUUUGACGGUAUGACGCCGUACCUGAGAAACGAAGAUGGUCCAUGGGAUAUUGUGUAA